UCAUCCCUCUCUCUCUCUCUCUCUCUCUCUCUCUCCGAACCCAUCAUCUCUUCUCCCAUUUCGAUUCGGUUCGGAGAUGACGAAGCACAAUGUGGGGGCGGUGUCCAACUCCUCGCCGCGCUACCCCCCCGACCCACGCCAAGGCGGCGGCGCCGCCCCUCGCCUCCGCCGUCGACGCCGAGUGGAUGAUGCGGCAUCCUUCGGCUUUGUCCAGAUUCCAACAAAUCGUGAGUGCAUCGAAGGGGAAGCAGAUCGUAAUGUUUUUGGACUACGACGGAACCCUUUCUCCUAUAGUCGACGAUCCUGACUCCGCCUUCAUGUCGGAUGCGAUGAGAGCGGCGCUGAGGAGCGUGGCGAGGCACUUCCCCACCGCCAUCGUAAGCGGAAGGUGCCUGGACAAGGUGUAUGACUUUGUGAAGUUAGCGGAGCUCUACUAUGCGGGUAGCCAUGGCAUGGACAUCAAAGGCCCCGCCAAAGGCCGUAACUUCAAAAAAGCUAAGGCCAAAGCAGUUCUCUUUCAACCAGCUAGCGAGUUCCUCCCCAUGAUAGAUGAGGUUUAUAAAGCUUUGUUGGAAAAGACCAAUUCCACACCUGGAGCCAAGGUGGAGAACAACAAGUUUUGUGUAUCUGUCCAUUUCAGAUGUGUAGAUGAAAAGCAUUGGAGUGGCUUGGCUGAGCAAGUCAAGUCAGUGCUCAAGGAGUACCCCAAGUUAAAACUUACUUCAGGAAGAAAGGUACUCGAGAUUCGCCCUACUAUUAAGUGGGACAAGGGGAAGGCAUUGGAGUUCCUGCUGGAGUCGCUUGGAUUUGCUAACUGCAACGAUGUAUUACCUGUUUACAUCGGCGACGACCGCACCGACGAGGAUGCUUUCAAGGUGUUACGCGAAAGAGGACAAGGUUUCGGCAUACUUGUUUCAAAGUUCCCUAAGGAGACAAACGCCUCCUAUUCUCUCCGAGAUCCCGCGGAGGUUAUGGACUUUUUGCUUCGGCUUGUGGAGUGGAAGCGCCUCUCAAUGACGACUCGUCCAAAGGUGCAACUAGUAUAGUAUAGCAGGGGUUGCCCCCACCACCACUGUUAAUGCUUGUGUGGUGGUUUUCAAUGGGGGAUGGGGGGGUUUAAUAUAUAUAUAUAUUACCUUGUUUAAUUAGGAAGAAAGAAAAUGGGGAUUUAAAAAAAAAAAAAAAGGGAAAUACAGCUCUUUUUGUACUGUACUUUGUUACUUUUUUCCCCCUCCUUUUUUGGGCCUUUUCCUGGGCAAAAAAGCAUGCAAAAUUAGCUUUCUUGCCCUUAUAUAUAUAUAUAUAUAUAAAUACAAGAAGGUACAGUGUUGUAAGUAUCUCUAUGGAAAAAAUGAAAGGAAGAGAAUGGAAGCAUUGUCUUUGUGUUAUGCAA